AACAAAUCUAAUCCAACGUAGCUCGAGUAAUAUAUACCAGCUUGUACAGAGGACUUCCAGAUCUGCAAUGAUUACUGUCGUUUUAAAAUGUUGAUUUGUUUUUUAUUAGGGCGAGGAGGAUGGAAGUCCAGGCCUGUUCAGCCCCAGAAAAACAAGAUGAACAUGAAUAUUCUCCGCCAAGAGAAGCUGAUAGCCCAAAAGAAGAAGGAGAUUGAGGAAAGGAUGGCGGAGCAAGCAAAAUUAAAUGUGCAAACAACGAGCAAACCGCUGUCUCCAAGGUAAAUACUCACACUGUAAUCCCUGGUGCUGUCAGAUAGUUUAGGAAUGAAUAAAUAACUUCAAUGACACAAACACUGACAAAAAAUCACAUACCUGUAAAAGUGAAAAUUCUUAUUUGUUCCCAGUAUUUCUCCCAGUCUUCAAGGAGCCUCUUCAAACAAGUUUGCAAAUGAUGGAAGCUUCUUGCAGCAGUUCAUGAAGAUGCAGAAGGAUAAAUCUCAAAAUGGUAACUUUUAUCUAUGCAGAUCCACUAUCAUUAUUUCAUCAUUUUCCUAUGACAUGAACUAUAUCAAUGUGGAGCCCAGUUGGGUAAUGAAAUUUAACACAGCAACCAGAACGCAGAAUAAAAAGUGAGACCUUGUUUUAAUCUUUAAUCCUUUCACAUUUAACUACAAGUCAAGCUCCAGGCUUGCUGCUGUAAUAAUGACAGCUCUGCAAUUUGUGGGAGUGAUAUUGAUUUGUGGAGGAGUAAGAGCUUCUUGAGGGCAUCAUGACCCGAUGCAACUUACUAGAAGAGGAAAUAUUAAAACCGACACUGUCAGAGAGCAAUAACCAGAGAAGGAGAAAUGAUAAAUAAAAUUACUUAAAAGCUAACAUUGGACUUUCUCUUGUCUUUUUAGGUUCAACCCCUGAUAGUAAAUCUUCCUCAACCUCAGCUUCAUCACCAGGAGGAAACACAUUACAGAAAAAGAGCAUUCUUGUUGGCAAGAGGCCUGGACUUGGAGUCAGUAGCAUGCUUAGUCAGUAUAAAAGCUACUCACAGACAAAGAAGAAUCCUGUUCUCAGCCAGAGGCCGAGUGUGUUUUCUUCUCCAGAUGAUGAAGAUGAAGAAGAAGAUGCAGAUUACUUCAGAUUCUUGGAGAUGAAAGGUAAUGCAGGGCCUGUGUUUGUCAGUAUGUAUCUGGACAGCUCCAUGACUUGGACAUUUCUGUGCAUCUUCUGACUACUCCACUGGCACAGUUGCCUUGUGACUGACAUUUUGUCAUAGUGUCCUCGGAGUAAAUAUACUCAUAGCCUGCUUAAAGUCUCUCCCCCAGAGGACACAGACACCAGACUUAUCAUCGACAAGAUGGCCUCUUUUGUGGCAGAGGGAGGACCCGAGCUGGAGAGAAAGGCCAGGGAGGACUACAAAGACAAUCCGGUUUUCUCGUAAGUCUGAAAGAGGAUGUACUUUCAUUCAAAAUUUCAUUAGUCACACUGUAUUUCUAAACUCACUGGAUUUGUCAUUUUCCUUUCCUUUUAGAUUUUUAUAUGAUAAGGGCAGCUUGGAGUAUCUGUACUUUAAAAAUAGAGUUGCAGUCUUGAGAAAGGAUUUGACAAGACCUGAGAGUACAUCAGAUAAUGGUAAGAUUAACUUUCCUCACGCCGUUAUUUGUCACUGUUUUCUUUAUCUCACACUUCCUCUCACUGAAACUUUGAUAUAUCUCUUAGAAAAAGAAGGAACAAUUUUUCAAGUUGGCUUUUCCAGUUUCUUUUAUGGCUGCCAGUCACCACACAACUACUGUAUGACAUUUAAUAGAUUGUACUAAUCUUAAACUCACAUGUUUGCAUUCGUGAUCACCUCAGAACUCUUCCUCACAGAUGCAUUUGACUAUCGUGCAUGAUUACAGUUGUAAAAAUUCACCUUCUUACCAGUGAAGUGCAUCUGAAUACACUGUCUGCUACACUGGACUCUCAAAUUGGACUGAAUAACAGUGUGCAGGGUCUUGAACACAUAUAAAUGUGUGCGCACUGGUGUUGCCCAAAACAAUCAUCCCAUGGGCAACAGACAAAUUCAACUUUUCUGAUUCUAGAGAAGUUGAUCUGAUUGCGUCAUGUCUUUGCAUUAAAGGAAAAUCUGCUUAUGUCUGUAACAUCGACAAAAGUAUUCAGAUGCAUUUUGAAUUAGGGGAAAUAACUGUAUGUUGGCUUUCAAGAUUUUGCCACCAUACAAAAAUGAUAACACAUCAAAAUACUUAACUGUUGUAGCAUUAAACAGCUUUUUAUUUUGGGCUGAUUUUCAAUUAAAAGCCUCACAUCCAUACAGUUCCCUAUUCACCUCCCAUAUCCCCCCUUGCUCCUCCUUCCUCUUUUUAUCCCCUAUUGGCUCUAGACUGGUGGUGUGUGAGGGCCAGUUGAGUACGGUACAGUAGUUGAGUGUGAAUUGAGUCCCAGUACUGAUAGACUGCUUAAAGUCUCCCCCUCAGUGGACGCGGAAACCCUGCAGAUGGCCGAGAAGUUGGCCAGGUUUGUGUCAGAGGGUGGUCCCGAGGUGGAAGCCAUUGCUGCUGAGCAGAAUCGAGACAACCCUGCCUGCAGGUCAGUCACUGUAAACAGUUUGAAAUGGGGUGUUUCCACCAAGGAGUUCGGUUUUGUUCAGUUAAGUACAGUAUGAUUUGGUACAGUAAACCCUGAUCUUGCAUGUGUUUCCACAGCCAGCUCCCAUAAUACUUUACUUUUAAGAUGUGUCAGGGACAGUUAGUUGGUUAGAACGUAACUUGCAUGGCUCUGUAUUCAAGCCUCAGGUAAACUUUCACUGGAAAAAAGUGAGCCUUCAUCACACAGGCUGUAGGUGAGACGUUAAAAACAUCAGGUUACAGGGGAAAAAAAUGUCUUUCCCAUUCUCUUCAAAGAAUAAAAACAUACACAAAACAGGAUCAUGAUCAAAUAAAACCAGGUAAAUGUCCGUCAAUUAUUGUUGUUGAGGGACGGAUCACUGAACUAGGUAACCCAACAGUAGAGUGCCAAAAAAAAUAGGUCAGAUAUUUGGGUACCUUUUGACAGUGGAAACUCAAAUAAAUGCGCACCAUACAGUACCAAACCAGACCUCUUGGUGGAAAUGCACCAUAACUGUGUUUCUUUAUCUGUAGUUCCAACCACACAAAACAUAAACUGUUUGUUCUUCAGCUUUUUAUAUGACCACCAAAACCCAGCCUACCGCUACUACAAAGAGAAAAUACAGGAGUACUGUGCUACAGCCUCGCGGACUUCCUCACCUCCAGCAGCAGAAGUGAGGACACAACCCGCCUCUCUACCCAAGAAUCCAGAGACAGAAAUUCCACCUGUCAAACGGAAAAGAAAGAGCAGGUGGGGGGCUGAGGAUGACAAAGUGGAGUUGCCAAUCCCUCCUAUCGUUUCCCCUCCGGUGGUUGUUCAGGACCCGAAUGCCCCUGCUCUCUCUGGUACAUGAACUUUGAUCUCCUAUACUAAACAUUUGGCAGUGUGUUCUUGAAAGAAGAAUUUAACGUGAAUCUUUAUCCCAGACAUGUUCAUGCUAAUGUGUACCUUUGUUGGAGUUUUUGAGUGUUUUUAAGAAGUGAAGAUUUUAAAAAAUGGCUUUUUUAUAACCCUUUUCUUGAAAUCACAUUUUAAUUUGCUUUUUGGAUAACUUUAUUCUUUAAUGCAUCAUUUAUGCUGAUGUCUGUUUCAGCUAAUGAUCUUCAAAGUCUGGGUUAUAAAAAGGGGAAACCUCUUGGGCUGGUGGGAGUGACAGAACUCUCUGAGGACCAGAAGAAACAAAUUAAAGAGCAGCAGGAGGUAAGAAAAUAUAAGAACAUGAACAUGGAGACUGUGUCCUGUUUACACUGUGUUUAAUCAAAACCCACUUUAAUAAAUCAGGUUAAUCACACCAAUAAUUCAAAACAAUUAUGUCCUGUGAUCUGCCCUCUCAGCAUUUCAGGUUGCUGACUCAGUAUGUGUAAUGAUUUCUCACUCGCUAUCUAGAUGCAAGAGAUGUAUGACAUAAUCAUAAAGCACAAGCGGGCAAUGGCAGAGAUGCAGCAGAUGUGGGAAAAGGCGAUAAGAGACCACCAACAUGAAUAUGACAGCGAUGAGGAGGUGGACCAGCAGGCAGGCACCUGGGAGCAUCGUCUCCGUAAGAUGGAAAUGGAGAAGACCCGAGGUAAGUACGACCAUCACUGCAGAGAGUUGUUUUUGCCAGUACAACUGUAUCGGCUUUGGUUGUUUGAGAUAAGUCCUCAUGAAGGGAGAGGGAGAAUCUGUUCUCACGUUAUUUCUUUGUUCUUUUUCAGAGUGGGCUGAAUCGCUGACAGAAAUGGGGAAAGGAAAACAUUUUAUUGGAGACUUUCUGCCCCCUGAAGAGCUGGAAAAGUUCAUGGAGACCUUUAAGGCACUCAAGGUCAGUUUCCUCUCUUGUUUUUGGAGCUUGAUAGGGAAAGACUGUGAUGUGGUAAAACCUCUGAGAAUGUCUUAAUCCACCAGCCUCAGUUUCAGAGGUAAAACAAGCAGACUCCUGAGAUAUUACAAGAAAAGAGGUGCAUUUGUUUUAAGUUUUUCUCUUUUUGUAUUUAUUGUAUUUUUAUUUUAUUUUGGGGAUACCCAAGGUUUCAAUAAAUCAUUUAAACAGAACACAUUUAUGAGUUUGGUAUGAACAGGGAAAAUUGAACUUUUUGUCUUCAGUUUCAUUUUUUUUAAACGUUGAACUUUGUUUCUGUCACAUAAAUUGUGGCAAUUAUUGGAGGUCUAUUUUUGCACCGUAAGGCCGAAGACAAUUGCGGUACUGCGUGGUCAGCUAGAAAUGUCUUAAAGCAAAAUCUGGUUUUGACUUGCACAUUUGUUCCCUUACAACGGAUAAAAAAACGGCUCAUAUGAAAGAGAGUAGAAACAGAUUUUUCUAUACACUUGUGCAAUUUGGAAGUGAUCAGAAAGGGGGAAGUCAUUGUUUUUCUACAAAAGAAAAUCUCCCUACAGGUAAAUAAACAUGCACCUCAACCAGUUAUUAAUGUUUUAGCAUGUAGCUUGAAUGCAAGUCAACACACUUUGAGUACAACAGCUGAUAAGAUCCUGAGAAAAAAGCACCCAGCAGAAAUAUUUACUCAGUUUAAUUUGGUUCCUGGUAAGGAAAUAUAAAUAUUUAUGAGCAGAAACCAAUAUUAUUAUUGCUCUAAUAAAACAAUGACAAAAAAAGUUUUAAAAAAAAUGAUGAUUGUGAAUUGAACAUUUCACUUUUAAUAUGAAAACAAUUGAUGUAAUAAUGUUGCAACAGUAAAAUGGUGAAACAAAUAGUGACGUGUGAAAUGGUGCAACACAUCAGUGACUGUAACAUUAACUCACACCUUGUGGUCAUGUGUGCUUGCAGGAGGGCCGGGACCCUGAUUACUCAGAGUACAAAGAGUUUAAGUUGACUGUGGAAAACCUUGGUUACCAAAUGCUCAUGAAGAUGGGCUGGAAGGAAGGAGAAGGUCUGGGCAGCGAUGGACAAGGUAUCAAGGCCCCUGUUAAUAAGUGAGUAUUCUACUUCACUGCCUUUUCUUUUUUCUUUUUCACAGAGCGCAAUGACAAUAAAAUGCACUGUCCAUAUUUCGUGCUGUUAUAAGGUCAUAAUAUUUCUGUUUUGUUUUUAUUGUCCCCUGUCUCAAUAGUAUUAUUUGAGUUUACUUUUACCCACGCUGUUUAUGUAAAAUUUUAAGUGUUGAUGCACCUUAGUGCCAUGAAGAACAUCAAACAAUCCUCCUUUCUGCCCCUCCAACCAAAUAAAAACACCUUCAACUUAUCUAGUUUAACAGAAAUCACACCAAGUAGUAGCAGAAAGUGGCUCUCAUUGCAGUGUUUUGAAUAUGUAUAUGAUUUUCAAUCUUUUGCUGGAUGUGAUUAUGCAUGACCAGCUGAACACCAGACUUGAACAGGAAAAAGUCACCAGUUUCUCCAGAGUUUCUUCUUGUCCACUUUUCAUUCAAUAUCUCUCAAUAUGCCUCAGCCUUCCCUUUCAAAGUUCAUAAAAACUAUCUAAUAAAGAAAAAACUCCCUGAAUAUAAUGGAAAAGCUAAUAAAAUAACUUUGAUGUACCAAGUACUGUUGCUUGCUACAUUUCUCUUUUGGGUAGCUCUGGUAUAGUAAAGCUAAAUUUGAUGAAAAGUUACUUGUAACAGUUCACUCCAUUUAAUAACACGUCUUUAGACAUCUUCAACAUCUCUCUAUGUUUGCAGUGUUUGGGCAAAUUGUUUACUAUCUUACAUGUUAAUUUGUGCAACCACAUCAGGUCACUUUUUGUCACUUCAUCAUGUAUUUUUUCAGUUUUUUCUUAAAACAUGUGUUGUGACAUGUAAUUGGAGAAAAAUAUAGUGGUUUGAUUUUGUACAAGUUAAUUUUUCUACUGUGACACGUCAAAAGGAUAACUGCGAAGAAAGUUUGUAUUUCAGUUGCUUUUCUCUAUCCAGCUGGACCAAGUGGUACAGUGGUAUUUUAUAGGAUCUGUAAUUAUCUCUAUCAUGAAUGUAAUACACAUAUGAUUAUGAUAAAGAAUGCCGUCAUUCUGAGUAUCUGUCUUUGUCCAACUGCAGGGGAACCACUGCAGUAGAGGGAGCUGGGUUUGGGAUUGAGCGUCCAGCUGUGCUCACAAAAGGAGACGAUGAAUAUGAUGCAUACAGAAAGAGAAUGAUGCUUGCUUACCGCUUCAGGCCAAAUCCCCUGGUAACUUUUUUGUCUUAUUAUUCGAAUACUUUUAGCAGCAAAAAUUCAAGAAUCUGCACAAAUUUGUAUUAUUAUCUAAGACAGCCAGACACAAUUCAUUAAGACAAUAGAAGUCAAUCAAAUGCUUCAUCUUUGUUUCCACAGAAUAAUCCACGAAGACCGUAUUACUGAUGUGGAGGAUUGUUUCUACUUAUUCUUUUUUUAAUCAUAAUUUAAAAGGUAUUCCUGCACCCACCAGUGCUGUGCUGGACGACAAAUUGAAUACAGCUGCACAAUAGCAGAUUUUACAUUUAAAGUGUGUGUGCGUAGGGGUCACUAGAAAGAAUGGUCACAUCCGUUACAUUUAAAGUUAAAUUUGGAUUGACAAAUCUAAAAUGUUUCCCAAAAUAGUUGAUCGUCUUUUGGAUCAAUUCAAGUGAAAUGAUAUACUGUAAAAAAAUACCACAUGUUCGCCACGCUUUUGUUUUUUUACCAUCUUAAUACUCUUUAAAGCUUGUUUCACCUUGUAUUUCCAAAUAAAUAAUACAAUACUGUAUUAUAACACAAUCUUCUGUAUGAUUCUUAUUGUAUAAUAUUCCAGUGUGCAACAGUUUUUCUCUUUUCACUGCUGCAGUGUAAACAAUAAAGAGAUGUGACACUUUUGUCUUAACACACUUCA